UCGUGGCGGCAACACCUGUUGAACGCGCUCUUCGGGCUAAGUAAAUGGUUGGUAGUAGUGAGGUGGUGUCAUAGUGCGCGACUAGAUCCCAGUGACCCCGUCAUCCACAAAAUCGCAAUUUUCUCACCCGGUUAGUGGUUUUUAAAUCAUCAGCUUGGUAUAAAGGCGCCAACAAAGCCCUCACUUAAAGUGUGUGUUUGUGUGCCUGCCCGCCCGCGUGUUUGGGAUUUGGGACAACAAGCAUAUUUUUAGUCUGCUUUAACGAGUGGUUGUGUACAAGUGAUGUAUCUCGACAGGAUGAGAAAAGUUGUGUGAAUAUUUGUGUAGACAAAACACUUGCACUCCACACAAUGCGGUGGUAUAUGUAACAUAUGUCAUUAAAUUUCAUCAUUCAAUCAAAGAAAGUUUAAAGUAACAUUAGGCAUAAAGUGCAGAGAUUUAUCAAACGCCUCUGGCCGUGAACAACUUAAAAUUGUUACAAAAAUAUGACCGAACACCAGGAGCAAAAACAGCUUGGAGAUGUAUCCAGCAAAUUGGAUUCAAACGAAUCCCAACAAAAUCACGCUUCAAUUCUUAACCAGACCUUCAACCAACGACGUACAUCCAGCCCCAAUUAUGGCACCACCAGCAGGGGCAUGAUUGCCCUGAUUGUCUAUUUGGCUCUAUUGCUGGACAACAUCCUGCUGACAGUAAUUGUGCCCAUUUUGCCCGAUUAUCUUGCUACCAUAAAUAAUCGUUCACUACUGGCUACGAUGGUAACAACAGGAACUGGGAGAGGAAAAACAACAGUGCCAACAUCAUAUUAUACUCCAUUCAAUGGAAUUGCGGAAGCAAAGGGCGCAAAUGCUAGCGGUGGUCUUGGUAUCCUUGGUGCGGCGGCGACAGCACAACAUAUGGCAUAUCGUAAUCUAGAUGGAACAGGCACGGGCAUAACACAAACACAAUCACAUCUACCCAAGCAACUACAGACACAGUCGCAGCAACAGUAUCCGUAUCCCUAUCAACAGCAGCAGCAGCAUCAAAUCCAGCAGCAUGUUAUGACAAAGCAUCCGAUACCGGGCAAAUCGAUGGUUAAUUUCUCCCUCAUACAUUUGGCAACAGAUGAUAACAGCAAAUUUUUCAUCUCGUCACCUUUAAAUGAGCAUGACGGUGGUUCAACGAAAUGGUUGAAUAAUAGCGACGGGAGUGGCAAAGGGUCUACAGGACACUUCAAAAAUUCGUUAACGUUAUCCAAUGAUAAAAUCACCAGCAAUGGCCAACGUCACCUAAAACCAGUCUACAAUGAUGAGUUACUAGCCAGUGAAAAUGGUUCAAUUGGUAUUCUCUUGGCCAUGAAGGCGUUGGUGCAAUUGAUCUUUAAUCCAAUCGUAGGCAAUUUAUCCACCAAAUAUGGCUAUCGCCUUCCUAUAGUUAUGGGUACAUUUUUUCUGCUAGUCUCUUCGUUGGUGUUUGCAGUUGGCGAGACGUAUGCAACUCUUUUAAUAGCUCGUGCAGUUCAAGGCAUUGGCUCUGCCUGUAUCGGCGUUUGUGGAAUGAGUUUGGUGGCACUGCAUUAUCCUGAAGAAGACCGCCGCUCCAAGGUAAUGGGCAUCAUUUUGGGAAGCAUAGCUUUGGGCGUUCUUUUAGGUUAUCCAUUUGGCGGUAUACUUUAUGAUUUAUUUGGAAAAUCAGCUCCCUUCAUUAUAUUGUCCACUAUAAUAUUCAUCAAUUUGGGCUUGCAAUUGGUUACUAUGGACCUAUCGGUUCAAUCAGAGGUAAUUGUUGAUGUAGACCAACAGAAACCAAAAUGGAAGCCAUUACUGCAAAGUAAAAUGAUAUUGGCAAUUGUCGUCGCAAUUUGGUUUUCCACAUCAACUAUGGCAAUUUUGGAGCCAUGUUUACCCUUGUGGCUGAUGACAUAUUUGAGACCAAACAAAUGGCAGCUGGGCACUGUAUUUAUACCGGACUCCAUUGGCUACUUUGUGGGGACGAAUUUCUUUGGCACAAUAGCAUAUAAACUUGGACAAAUAAAAGUAUCGUGUUUGUCACUUCUUCUCGUUGGAAUUUCGUCUAUCUUAAUACCCACAGCUACCACUGUGGCACAGCUAUUGUUACCACAUUUUGGUUUGGGUCUAGGCAUUGGUAUUAUUGAUGCUGCUUUAGUGCCUCUGUUGGCCACAUUUGUCGAUGCUACUCUAUCAGCGGAUGAUAAUAUGGAUCCAACUGAUGUCAGGUCUCGACACUCGAUGAGCAGCUAUGGCAGUGUUUAUGCCAUACAACAAACUUCUGUUAGUUUGGCCUACUGUUUGGCACCACUUAUCGGAGGUGAAUUGGCUCAACUUUUUGGCUUUGCCUGGCUCAUGCGUAUUGUGGGAGUGUUCAACAUCAUCUAUGGGCCUAUUCUCGUGUAUCUCUAUUACAAAUAUGAUCCUAAGAUUUUACGUGAGAAGCAGCAUGAAAUGCUUCUUAGCUCAAGUGGAGGUAGCGGCAGUUAUGGGCGUGGCAGUAAAUAUAAACAACUUUACAAUUCCGUCGAUACUGAAUAAAGUUAGCUGAAUUCUGGUCGCAUGAAACUGGCCUCAAAGUUCAUCCAUAGCAAUACAACCUAACUCCCAUAAAUGUUAAAUUGAUGUAAAAAAAAAAAACAAAUAUGUAAAACCCCCAUUACUCCAAAAACAAACAACAAAAUGCUAAUAAACGAUAAUAAACGUAAAGAUUAAUAACAAUCGUAUUAAAAGAAA